GCGACGGCAUCGACUCCGACUCGGAGUCCGAAGCCGGCGCCGCGGCGCCUCCGCCCGCCUCGCGGGGCGUGUCCCUCGCGUCCGCGGCGCCGUCCUCGCCGCCGCCGCGGCUGGAGGCCCUGCCGCAGUCCCCCCCCGCUGCCGGCACGCCGGCGGCCGCGCUGGCCGGGCUUGGGGCGGAGGCC